AUGCCUUCAGCAACCAAGGAACGGCUCGCCAAGACCUUUGGCUUCAAGUCAGAAGACCGCGACAGCGACAUCCCGUCAAUAUCCAACGCAGACCCCUUUAUCGAGCGGGAGCCCACCGUCGGCGAGUUCCUCGAAGAGAUUCGACCCAGUCUACACGAUGUCGGCCGCUACUUUUACAAUCUGUUUCCGUUCAUCCACUGGAUCGGCAAAUACAACUUUACGUGGUUCUUUGGUGACUUGAUUGCGGGUGAUCAUCCUGUAGGCAUCACGGUUGGAGCAGUAGUUGUGCCUCAGAGCAUGGCAUAUGCACAGCUUGCCCAGCUGCCCGUCGAAUAUGGCCUGUACUCUUCCUUUAUGGGUGUCUUGAUCUACUGGUUCUUUGCGACUUCCAAGGAUAUCACCAUUGGCCCCGUCGCCGUCAUGUCUCAAGUCACCGGCGACGUCGUUCUCAGGGCGGCCGAUCGCCUCCCCGAUGUCCCCGGCCACGUCAUUGCUUCGGCCCUGGCCAUCAUAACCGGUGCCAUCAUCUGCUUCCUGGGCCUUGCCCGCCUGGGCUGGGUCGUCGAGUUCAUCCCGCUGCCGUCCAUUUGCGCCUUCAUGACGGGCUCGGCCAUCAACAUUGCCGCCGGCCAGGUGCCCAAGCUGAUGGGCAUCAAGGGCGUUAACACCCGCGACGCGCCGUACAUGGUCAUCAUCAACACGCUCAAGGGCCUGCCAACGACCUCGAUUGACGCGGCCCUGGGCCUGACUUCGCUGCUGAUGCUGUACCUCGUCAGGGGCGUCUGCACGCACAUGGCCAAGAAGCAGCCGCACCGGGCCAAGCUGUUCUUUUUCAUCUCGACGCUACGAACGGCGUUUGUCAUCUUGCUGUACACGGGCAUCAGCGCGGGCAUGACGAUGCACAACAAGGCGCAUCCGCGGAUCAGCAUUCUGGGCAAGGUCCCUCGGGGCUUUCAGCACGCGGGCGCCCCCGAAAUCAACUCUUCCAUCAUCGAGGCCUUCCUCCCCGACCUCCCCGCCGCCGUGAUCGUAAUGCUGAUCGAGCACAUCUCCAUCUCCAAGUCGUUUGGCCGCGUCAACAACUACAUCAUCGACCCGUCCCAGGAGCUCGUCGCCAUUGGCAUCACCAACCUGCUGGGCCCCUUCUUGGGUGCCUAUCCCGCGACCGGAUCCUUCUCCCGAACCGCCAUCAAGUCCAAGGCCGGCGUGCGCACGCCCUUUGCCGGUGUCAUCACGGCCAUGGUCGUCCUGCUUGCCCUUUACGCUCUGACCGCCCUCUUCUUCUACAUUCCCAACGCCGCGCUGGCAGCCGUAAUCAUCCACGCCGUCGGCGAUGUCAUUACUCCUCUGCCCGUCGUCUUCCAGUUCUGGCGCGUGUCGCCCCUCGAGGUCAUCAUCUUCCUGGCGGGUGUCCUGGUGACGGUCUUCUCCACGAUCGAGAACGGCAUCUACACCACCAUCUGCAUGUCGUUCGCCGUCGUCAUCUUCCGCCUGUUCCUCAGCCGCGGCCGCUUCCUGGGUGUGGCACGCGUGCGCACCGUUCGCGCGACUAAGGGUUCAGACAAGGGAGGAGAUGCCGAGGCAGUUGCCGAGCCGUCAGAGUACUCGGAGCGAACUGGCUUCUUGCCCCUGGGCCACGAGGACGGCUCCAACCCGAGAGUGACGGUGUCGAGCCCGUACCCCGGCAUCUUCAUCUACCGCUUCGCCGAGGGCUUCAACUACCCCAAUGCCACGCGGUAUCUCAACCACUUGACGGAGACGAUUUUCAGGGAGACUCGACGGACUGAUAUCAACACGCUUGCCAAGCUUGGAGAUCGCCCCUGGAACGACCCCACGCCGCGCAACGCGAAGACCGAGGAGCACGACAGCCGACCCACGCUCAAGGCCAUCAUCUUAGACUUUUCCACCGUCAACAUCGUCGACGUGACGGCAGCCCAAGCGCUGAUUGACGUGCGCAACCAGCUGGACCGCUACGCCGCGCCGCAUACCGUCGACUGGCACUUUGCCCACAUCGAGAACCGCUGGACGAAGCGCGCCCUGGCCGCCGCCGGCUUCGGCUACCGCACCCCCCGCCACAUCGCCGAGGACAACGGCGAGGGCGCGGGCCACUGGAAGACCAUCUUCAGCAUCGCGGACCUGGGCGGCUCGGACAGCGCGGCAGCGGCGGCAGCGGCGGAGGAGAAGGCCAGCCGGGCGGUGCAGUACGACGUGGAGCGGACCCACUCGGACGACAUCUCCAAGGCAUCCGACGAGAAGGACGUGCCGGCGCAUCCCAGCAGCAGAAGAUUGGUUGCCAUCAGGGGGCUGAACCGGCCGUACUUUCACUUUGACCUGCAGGAGGCGGUUGAGUCUGCAAUUGCGAAUGCGGAACGAUAUAGGCAGGAUGAUGAUUCUUCUUCAUGA